AUGUCAAUCAACGGGAUGAAAUUAGAAGAGCCUACUUGCAAAAAGGACCAUGUCAACCUCGAGAUCAUUCUUUCCAACAAAGAGAUAUUGGAGGUAGACUUCGUAGAUUUAAUCCUUCUUGGUUUACCAUUUCGAGGUCAUGAUGAAAGUGAAGACUCGAUUAAUAGAGGUAACUUUCUUGAACUUCUUCAGUUCUAUGCUGAUCGAAAUGAUAAAGUAGGUCGUGUUGUAUUAAAGAAUGCUCCAAAGAAUUCACAAAUGACAAGUAGUUCAAUUCAAAAGGAUAUUGUACAUGUUGCAGCAAAGGAAACUACUAAGGUUAUUGUGAAAGAUAUCGAAAGUGAGUUCUUUGCAAUUUUAGUAGACGAAUCACGUGAUGUGUUUUGUAAAGAGAAAAUGGCAUUGGUUUUACGGUUCUUGAAUAGUCAAGGGGUUGUUGUGGAGAGAUUUAUUGGCAUAAAACAUGUCAGUGACACUUCGACUUUGUCAUUAAAGACAACUAUUUAUUCAUUUCUGACAGAAUGUGGAUUGAGUCCACAUAAGAUUCGAGGACAAGGUUCUGAUGGAGCUAGUAACAUGAGUGGUGCAUUUAAUGGCUUGAAGAAUUUGAUUGUGAAUGAAGUGAAAUCUACACAUUUUAUUCAUUGUUUUGCUCACCAGUUACAAUUAACACUUGUGUUUGUUGCAAAGAAUCACCCGGACAUUAAUGACUUUUUUGACUUGAUUUCUCAUUUGUUAAACAUGAUUGGUUCUUCUUAUAAACGUACAGACAUUAAGAGAGACACAAACAACAAAAGUGGUGGCGAGAUUCAAAGUGGUACGAGUUUGAAUCAAGAAGUUGGUAUCAAACAACCUUGUGAUACUCGUUGGGGUUCUCAUUUUGGUUCACUCUUAAAUAUCAAGAGAGUGUAUUCUUCUAUUUGUGAAGUACUUGAAGACGUUAAAGCUAAUAGGGUCACAAAUGAUUUGAACAUCACGCUGCAAAAAAAAGACCAGGAUAUUGUAAAUGCAAUGCAUCAAGAGCUCAACAACCGAUUUAAUGAAAUAAACAUGUCAUUACUUGUUUCCAUGGCUUCUUUGUGUCCAAGUAAGUCUUUUCAAGCUUUAAAUGUAGAGGAGCUUCUCAAGAUGGCUACGUUUUAUUCUAACGAGUUCCCAGAACAUGACCUUGGAGCACUUAGAGCAAGUCUUCAAAAUUAUAUUGUGGAUGUACGAGGUGAUGAAAGGUUUAAAAACUUGAAGGGAAUUGGAAACUUGGCAAAGAUGAUGGUUGAAACAAACAAGCAUACAAUAUAUCCAAUGGUAUAUCUUCUACUAAAAUUAGCAUUAACAUUUCCAGUUGCAACAUCCACUGUGGAACGUGCGUUUUCCGGAAUGAAGUUGAUAAAGAACAAUUUGUGA